AUGGCCCGCGCUUUGACCUCGGGCCUCGCUCUCCUCCCGCCGCCAUGGACCAGGAAACUACUCAGCACCCCCGCUCCUCCGAGGGACAAGCCGGACAAGUCUAAACCCACGCGAAGCAAGGCGGUAGACGCCUCCAAGCCCGCAUUCCAGCCGCGCAAGGUCAAGAAGCAGACCGAGGGAAAGUACCGCGAUCGCGCGUUUGAACGGCGAGAGGGGAAGGCGAGCGACUAUGCGCAGGCGGAAGCCUUGUUGCAGGACUUUGAGAAGCGCACGGCGAACGAGGACAAGGAUGUGGUCGAACAGCAACGCCGCUAUCUCGGUGGCGACAGCACGCACACCGUCCUGGUCAAAGGCCUCGAUCUGUCCCUCCUCGAAGCCAAUCGCGCGAAAGAGUCCCGCAACACAGACGACGACGACCUUCUCGAGGCCGCCUACCGUGGCGAAGACGUCUUGCCCCCCGCUGAACUCUCUGCCUCCCCCGCACCCACCGACGAACCCAAGAAGCGCUCGCGCGCCGACAUCAUCAAGCAGAUGAAGGAGAAGCGGAAGGGGCAGUCCUCUGCAGACGCGCCUGCGCUGCCGCCGAAAGAGGACAAGACGAUCGACAAGAGCAAGUUCAAGUCGAUAGGGUUCAAGCCGGCGGGGGACAAGCCCAAGAAGAAGAAGGCGAAGACGGAGGGCGACGGGGAGCGCAGAAAGAAGAAGCGCAAGGUCGAGGGUGACGAGGAGAAGGCGACAGCACCAGGAGAAGCGUCACCGCCUGCUGCCACCGACUCUGCGGUGCCACCAGCUUCGACUUCAGCGACCCCUGCGCCCGCGCCCCAGCCUUCCAAGCCGAAAGAGCCCUCACCCGAGCCUAUACCCGAAGACUUCGACAUCUUCGCGGGCGCGGGCGACUACGAGGGCAUACCUGACGAGGAAGAAGCGAGCGAUCAUGAACACGCGCCGCCUCGGUCUGGCAGCGCGGAACCCGGAGAAGUGCAAGGACCAGCACCUGCCGAUCCCAACGCCAUGCAAGGUGCCGAGCAGACAUCCCGUGCGCGCUGGUUCGACGACGACGAGCCCCGCGAGCCCGUCCUACCACCCCGUCCAGCCACCCCACCGGCCCUCAAGGUGCUCAAGGGCAAGCAGAAGGCCGCCGUGCCUGCGGCCGGGGUCGAGGACGGUGAAGUCCAGUCCGACGAGGACGGCGAAGUGCAAUCCGAUGAGGAAACACCUGCACGCCUCGCGCCGCUCGAGUCGUCCGCCGUCCCGUCUAUCAAGGACCUGCUCGCUAUGGACGAGGCGAGGGAGGCGCUGGAGAAACGGCAGAAGAGGAAGGAGAAGAAGAAGAAGGGUACGGAGCGAGGGGGAGGGUAG